AUGAAUAUACUUGGUACUCGUUUUCGCAGUUUAAGUUCAAAUAGAAAUAAAAAUCGAAAUAGUUAUCUAUCAGUUGAUUCACAAAUUCGAAUACCAAUUAUUCUUAAUACAAUUAAUGUAACACAAGCAUCAACACAAACAUUACCAAUAAAUUAUAAUAAUAAUAAUGCUGAAAAUUCCAAAUCAUAUCGUCAUCGAAAAUAUCAACGUCGUUUUAAUAAAUGUUUAGCAGAAUUAAUUGAAAAAUAUCCUCCAAUACCUGCACAUGAAUAUUUAAAAGAUGAUGAAUCAAAAAAAAGUUGUUAUUCAUCAAUAUCAACAAAUUCAGAAAUAACAUCAUGUAUUUGGUCAAAAUUAUUAGAAAGUCGUGAAGAUUUAUCAAAAUUAAAUAAAACACUUGAAGAUUUAGAUAAACGAUUAGAACGUCUUUCAAUAAAUAUUUGUUCGAAAUGUAAAUUUAAAAAUGUUAUUUAA